CCUCUCUUCUCCGCAACAAACUUUCGACACUCUUUUCAACAACAUUGUUUUUGCUCUGAUGCAGCUUUUCUCAUGUUUUUAGUCUCUGUGCUUCGUCGUUCCCUCUUCAUCCUUGUGCCGCUUUCUCUAAUUCUAUCAUGCUAUCUUUACCUAUAUCCCGUCUUCCACCUCUGCGCGUUCCCUUCCCCUGAGCAGGAUGCCCGCUCAUCCUACCUAAGCACGCUUCGACAGCAUGCCCCUUUACCCCGCGGUCCUAAAAGCAUAGCACCGUUUCGACUUCUCGCUCUUGGAGAUCCUCAACUUGAAGGCGACACCUCGAUUCCCGACCCCGAAGCUACCUCAUUACCGCAUCUUGCGAAAUUCUGGAAUGAUGCCCUACUCCUCAAUGGCACGAAGCAUACUCUUCUACAGCGAUUACGACACAGUCUGCAUGAUCUAAUUGACUUUUAUCUUGACGAUAUUCCGAAGUCCUUUCAAGCGUACCGCAAACGACUCGACCACAUUGGUAAUGACUAUUACCUGGGGCACAUCUACCGCACACUGCACUGGUGGACGGAUCCUACGCACGUUACAGUCUUGGGCGACUUGGUGGGCAGCCAAUGGAUUGAUGAUGCCGAGUUCGAAAGUCGCGGAUGGAGGUACUGGAACCGUGUCUUCCGCCACGGCCAACGUGUGCCCGAGGAACUGACUUCACAGCCCGCCGAGGAUUUUCAAAGUACUAUAAUGCUUGGGGAUGAUGCGGAUGCUUGGAAGAGGAGGAUCAUAAAUGUAGCCGGAAACCACGAUAUUGGCUAUGCGGGCGAUUUGUCCCCAGAACGGAUGGCGAGAUUUGUGAGGGUGUUUGGAAAGCCGAAUUAUGAGUUGCGCUUCCAACUCCCAAUCAAUUCUACAAAGGGCGCAGAGGAAGGGGGCGAGAAGCCGGUGCCCGAAUUAAGGAUUGUAAUUGUCAACGAUAUGAACCUCGAUACGCCCGCCUCGUCUCAAGAUCUCCAAGCGGAAACCUACCAGUUCCUCAAUGACAUUAUUACAACUUCGAAGGAUGUAACUCGGCCGGCACAUUUCACCCUCGCUUUGACGCAUAUCCCUAUGCAUAAGCGAGCUGGAGUCUGCGUUGACGCACCGUUCUUCGAUUUCUUCAAUGGGAUAUUCGAGAAUGGGGUCAAAGAACAGAACCACCUUUCUCCAGAUGCCUCGAAAGGGUUCCUGGAGGGCAUCUUUGGUAUGAGUGGCAAUGAACAUGUUGCUGGACAUGGCUUUGGUAGAAGAGGAUUAAUCCUGACGGGGCAUGAUCACGAGGGAUGCGAUACGUAUCAUUAUAUCAACCAGACAUCCGGAGAAUCACCAUCGUGGGAAGCUCGGCGGUGGGAGGAAGCAGUAUCUACUGGAUUGCUCGAUCAACCGGGCGUGCCGGGCAUGCGAGAAAUCACGGUGAGGAGUAUGAUGGGAGAUUUUUCUGGAAACGCAGGGUUGUUGUCGCUGUGGUUUGAUGAGCAGACAUGGGAUUGGAAAUUCGAGUUUGCGAACUGCGAGUUGGGACUGCAGCAUAUCUGGUGGGUUGUGCAUGUUGUGGAUCUCGUCACUGUUGGUAUUGCUCUCGCGUACGGGAUCUUGGCCGUCAUCCAACACAUCCUUGUCCCUGAGAAGAUUGAAGGGAAGUUGAAGCACGCUGCAAAUGGCAGGACAGCGGUGGCGGGUGAGCCAAAUGCUGGGCCUCCGAAGAGUGAACGUGGUGCAAGCCCUGCCAAGUUGGAGCAAACACAUGAUCACCUGGAUAUUCCAGGAUCAGAGCGGAAGACACUGCGGAAGAAGAAGAGCAAGAGGGCUUUGAACGGGAGUCCCGACGGCUCAGCCAUCUCGGGAAGCCGAUGAGUACUACUGUAUAUGAUAACCAUGA